AUGGGCGACACUGGGAGUACUGGAAAGUCCAUAGAGGCUACUGGGAUCGAGAACUGCGAGCACUGGGGAUGCCAUGGGGGCGUCACUGGGAGCCCCACAGGGAGCACUGGGAGUGUCCAUGCCCUGUCCGCAGGUGCGGGCCGCGUGGAGGUGCCGCGCAGCGUGACGGCCGUGCUGGGGCAGGACGUGGUGCUGCCGUGCCGGUACCGCGCGCAGGAGCAGGAGCAGGUGGUGCAGGUGACGUGGCUGAAGCGCGGCGCGGGCGCGGCGCCCGCCGAGGUGGCGGUGCUGAACCCGCAGCACGGCGAGCACGUGCAGGAGGCGUUCGCCGGCCGCGUCCUGCGCCACGGCCACGGCGACCUGGAGGACGGCGCCAUCGUGCUGCGCAACGCCGUGCAGGGCGACGAGGGCGACUACGAGUGUCACCUGAUCACCUUCCCCAUGGGCAGCUUCGAGGGGCGGCUGACGCUCAGGGUGCUGGGUGUCCAUGCCCUGUCCGCAGGUGCGGGCCGCGUGGAGGUGCCGCGCAGCGUGACGGCCGUGCUGGGGCAGGACGUGGUGCUGCCGUGCCGGUACCGCGCGCAGGAGCAGGAGCAGGUGGUGCAGGUGACGUGGCUGAAGCGCGGCGCGGGCGCGGCGCCCGCCGAGGUGGCGGUGCUGAACCCGCAGCACGGCGAGCACGUGCAGGAGGCGUUCGCCGGCCGCGUCCUGCGCCACGGCCACGGCGACCUGGAGGACGGCGCCAUCGUGCUGCGCAACGCCGUGCAGGGCGACGAGGGCGACUACGAGUGUCACCUGAUCACCUUCCCCAUGGGCAGCUUCGAGGGGCGGCUGACGCUCAGGGUGCUGGACAUGAGACGCAGGGGACAUGAGGGACAUGGGGAUAUGGGUGUAUGGGCGGCAGGGGACAAGGGACAUGGGGGACAUGAGACACAGGGCACGGGAGAGAUUGGGGACAUCGGGGACGCGGGGGACACGGAGGGUGUGGUGGGCACUGGGCACAUGUGGGACAUGGAGGGCAAAGGGGACACAAUGGGCGUUGGGGAUGGGACAUUGCGGAUGGGGGGACACCGGGGACAUGGCACCAUGCGCUCGGCCUCGGUCACCAGCGAGUUCUUCCUGGUGCCCGGGCGCAGCAUGAACGGCAAGAGCCUCACCUGCGUGGUGGCGCACCCCGGGCUGCGCCACGAGAAGAGGAUCACGCACCUGCUCAGCGUCGCCUACCUGUCGGACGCGUCGGUGCUGGGCCACACGGCCGAGUGGCAGGAGGGGAUGGAGGGGGCGGCGCUGACCUGCCUGUUUGGGGUGCCGCCUGACCCUGUGGGGUGUCCCCCCAUGUUUGGGGUGCCCCCUGACCCCUUUGGGGUGCCCGCAGAGGACCCCGUGCGCCGCGUGGAUCUGGUCUCGGCCUCGGUGGUCGUGGUCGGGGUCAUCGCCGCCGUCCUGCUCUGCGUCCUCGUCAUCGUCGUCGUGGUCAUGACCCUGUACCACAAACGCAAAACCCAGCGCAUCUCCGAGAAGUACUGUAGUCUGGAGGAGACGCUGCAGCUGCGGACGGAGAGUCGCCAGGGCAGCAUCAGAGGGGACAGCCUGAGAGGGGACAGCCUGAGAGGGGACAGCCUGAGAGGGGACAGCCUGCGUGGCACCAGCAUCUGCUCCGCCAUGCCCAAGGAGGAGGAGGAGGAGGGGGGCGGCGGGGGGGACCCCAUCAAGCAGGCGAUGACGCACUUCGUGCAGGAGAACGGGAUGCUGCAGGCCAAGCCCAGCUCCAACGGCAUCUACAUCAACGGGCGCGGCCACCUGGUGUGACCGGCCACCGCGGGACACCUGGGGACACCUGGGGACAGCCGGGGGACAGCCAGCCCCUCCCCGCGCCCGCCCGGCUCUGCCCCCGCUGCUCCGGUCCCCGGCUGUCACCUCCCUGCCGGUGUGGGGCUGGGGACAAGGACAGUGCCCCAGGACUGUGUCACCUC